AUGGAAACGGAGCAGUGUUUGAAGCCGCAGGUGGUGAUGUGCGGCGAGGGGAUGGAGGAGGGGGUGCGCGUGAAGGUCGAGGGGGGCGGGUCGGUGGGGCGCAUGGUGGACUCUAGCCAGGCGGACGACCGACUCCUCAUCCGCCUGGUGCGGGAGCGGCGGCUGCUGUACGCGCGCAACAACAUGCCUGUCGCCAGCUACUACACGAAGGUCAAGAACUUGUGGCAGGACGUCGCCACCAACAUGGGCUGGAGCGUGGCGGACGUCCGCCGCAAGUGGUCGCACAUCCGCAACUCGUACUCGCGCCACCUGCGCAACGAGAUGCACGGCGCCUGCACCAGCAAGGGCCGCAUGGUCUCGCGCUGGUAUCUCGCCGACGAGCUCGAAUUCCUCCGCGACCACAUGGCCACUGACAUGCGGCCGUCGCCCUACUCGUCGUACGCGCCGACGAUGCUGGACAUGGACAACAUGAACGACUCCAACAGCAUGGAGCCCCCUGAGGUGAAGCCCUUCAUGCACAGCCCGUGGUUUGCCCUCAAUACCACGCCCAGCUCGCCGAGCGUGGACUCGCGGCCGUUCUCGGUACACAACGACGACAGUUCCAGCUCUACUGCCUUCACGCCCGACGAGAACUCCUCUUACUUCCAGUUCUUCCGCGGGAUUCAUAAUGAUUACUUAGAAUUACCGCCUAAAAAGCAACGAAUGUUCAAGAGAAAGUGUUUAAAUCUGUUACACGAACUCAUAGACGAGGAAGAUAAUCAUUACGUGAAGAGAGAAUAUAAUCAUGAAGUUAGUGUAUUAAAUUUGUCUCAUUCUCAUGUUCAUGCUCAUGUCAGUGAUGAUGAAAAAGACGUAAAGCCAAAUCCUGACGACUCCUUUAUACUUCCCAAUAAU